AUGGCCGAAGACAGCAAGAACAUGGAGUCGCAGCCUGCUGUUGACGAGACCCCAAUCUCUCCCUCGCGCCCCAACCAGCGCCGCAAGAACUCGCUCGAGGAGCAUCUGAAGAACCGCCCUGAGCGCGCCGAGCUUGUCGACAGAAACAUCCUCCCGGCCUCCACUGCGGCCCCCGCGCUUCAGGAGAAGCAGAAGGAGCUGGCUAAGCACAUGCGCGCCGACUCGCUCAACGAGAAGAUUGCGCACCGCCCUUCGCCCGACGAGCUGAUCAAGAAGGGCGUCCUGGACGAGGAUCCGAGGACCGCGGAGGAGAAGUACGCCGAGGCUAUCGAGGACGAGUACGCUAAGCGGGAGGGUGGUGCUUAG